UUUUGGUAAAUAGCCACGGCAGUCACUCCUUCACGCAAAAUUUUCCGGGCUCCGCCACCUGGGGCAAACUUUGUCAAGGAUGCUGGCAACAGAAGUGCAUCUAGCUGGCAGCCAACCCUCCUCUAAACCCUAGACUGAGCCAGCCCCAUCUCCUGUAUCCUGCGAGCCUUCCUCCUUUCUGAACUGCCCUGUGGCUUCUGUGGACUAACGACUCUCUUCAUAUUUUACCGGGGUUGACAAGUCUUGACCACUAUGGUGAGGUGGUUUCAUCCCAACAUCAACGGACUAGAGGCAGAGAAGCUGCUUCUGACCAGGGGAGUCCAUGGGAGCUUUCUGGCCCGGCCCAGUAAGAGCAAUCCAGGUGACUUCACGCUCUCCGUCAGGCGCAACGACGAGGUGACACACAUUAAGAUCCAAAAUACCGGUGACUACUACGACCUGUAUGGAGGGGAGAAGUUUGCCACGCUCGCGGAGCUGGUGCAGUACUACACGGAGCAGCAAGGGCUGCUGCGGGAGAAGAACAGCAAUGUCAUCGAGCUCAAGUACCCUCUGAACUGCCAGGACCCCACCUCAGAAAGGUGGUACCACGGACACCUGACGGGCAAGGAGGCAGAGAAGCUCUUGACUGAGAAAGGCAAACCGGGGAGCUUUCUGGUACGGGAAAGCCAGAGCAAACCAGGAGACUUUGUCUUAUCGGUGCUGACCAACGAAGAGAAGAUGGAGACGGGCGACCGGAAGCCUCGAGUGACUCACGUGAUGAUCCGCUACCAGCUGGAUGGGAAGUACGACGUCGGAGGAGGCGAGAGGUUCGACACACUCACGGACCUGGUGGAGCACUACAAGAAAAACCCCAUGGUGGAGAAAUCCGGAGCUGUGGUUCAUCUGAAACAGCCGUUUAACGCCACGCGCAUCAAUGCGGCCAACAUCGAAAACAGAGUGAAGGAGCUGAACAAAAUGGCAGAUCACAGCGAGAAGGCCAAGCAAGGGUUUUGGGAGGAGUUUGAGAUGCUGCAGCAGCAGGAGUGCAAGCUCCUGUACCCCAGGAAGGAAGGACAGCGCCUGGAAAACAAAGCCAAGAACCGCUACAAGAACAUCCUGCCCUUUGAUACCACGCGGGUGGCGCUCCGAGAGGUGGAUGAGAGCGUGCCAGGGUCUGACUACAUCAACGCCAACUACAUCAAGAGCAUUCUCGAAGAUGGAAGGAACUCGGAGCACUGCAAGGUGUACAUCGCCACCCAGGGCUGCCUGCAGACCACAGUGAACGACUUCUGGGCCAUGGUGUACCAGGAGAAUACCCACGUCAUUGUCAUGACGACUAAGGAAGUGGAGCGAGGCAGGAAUAAAUGCUACCGUUACUGGCCGGACAAGAACUGCACCAAAGAGUACGGCCACAUCUGCGUGCAAAACGUGAGCGAACGUGAAGCCCAGGGCUACUACCUCCGGGAGCUGGAGAUCUCACGGACAGACAGGCAUGAACAUCCCCGCCUGGUCAAGCAUUACCAAUACUUCAGCUGGCCGGACCAUGGCGUGCCCAAUGAGCCAGGGGGGGUUCUCAGCUUUCUGGACCAAGUGAACCGAGCACAGCGAAGCAUUCCAGACACCGGGCCGAUCAUCGUGCACUGCAGUGCUGGAAUAGGACGCACGGGCACCAUCAUCGUGAUCGAUAUUCUGGUGGACAUUAUUCACAGACAAGGGUUGGACUGUGACAUAGACAUCCCCAAGACCAUCCAGAUGGUGCGCCGGCAGCGCUCUGGCAUGGUGCAGACUGAGGCGCAGUACAAAUUCGUUUACAUGGCAGUGCAGCAGUACAUUGAGGCAGAGCAGAAGAGGCUAGAAGAGGAGCAGAGGAGUAAGGCAAAAGAGCGAGACUACUUGAAUAUUGGAUAUUCACCAAUGGAAAAAGGCAGAGCCAAGGCACAGCCCCCCUCACCCCGAGCCCAGUCCGCGGUUGACGACGACCCGGGCACAGUCUAUGAGAACCUGAACAUCAAGAGCCCAAGGGUUUCAGGAAUGAGCAACACAGGGCGAUAAAGGGACUGGAAGGAAAGCUGGAUGGAGGCCAUGCAGGAUUUACAAUGUUUACGUCCACACUUCCCCGGUUCUGCCGCUGCAGACAACGUCUCCUUCCUGCCUUAGUCUUGGCCUCCCUCACGUACCUUGGUUUCAGUGGGGCACACCAGCCCCAGCUCCCCCGGCCACAGAAGAAGGUGAAGCAAACACCUUAGGAACGUGCCUCGACCUAACUUAUUCCCAAGAAAGACCUUCUCAGCUUCCUGAAAAGCAUUUAGGCUGAUAUUUAUGCGCAAGUGCCUCCGGAUAUGUCCAUAGGGCGUGAAAGCUCUGUUUUCAUUUUUGUUUUUUUUAUUUAAGAUUUUUUUUUUUUUUUUUUAAACCAAGAAAAAAAUUGUUUUGUAAAAACUGAAGAUGACUCCUUUUUUUAGGAGCUUUCCCUGGGCUUGCCUGUGAAGGGUAUAUUCAGCAAGGUUGUUGCUAUACCUCCAGGCUUCAGCAGAUCCGUCCUCUCUAAGCCAGAAGUGCUUGCCUAGGUGAAGUUCAUCGCGAGGGACAGGGCGCCCAGCCUGGACCCAGGAACAGUCUAUGUAACAGUUGUAUGAAAUCUCCCCCACCACCAUUUGGCUGUUCCCGUCCUGUGCAGCUCUGCCAAAGCCCUGGGAGCAAUCCAUGCUACCGCUGUGUGCUGAUGGGAUGGCCUGGGGCAUGGACUUUUGCAUGCGUUGAGAGAGCAUCUAGCGGCUGCACAGCACCUGGAUAGGUUGCAAGACAGACAAGUGGUGAGGCAGGAUUAGACCUUUAGUCUUCAAUUAUGCCAGCGUGUACCACUUGAGCUAAAUGAAAUCCUCCCUUACUGGUGGAAGAAGUAGUCAGGAGUCGUGCAUCUGUAUGCUCAGCCAUCACUCAAGGGCAAUGCCUUACCCCUACACGCCCAUCCGCAGGCUGUUCAACUGAGCCCCAGGCUUGGAGCCAGGCACUUGCGAUUCCCACUCCCACUGCCUCACAGUAUGACCUGUCUCUGCUUCCCUCCCCUAUAUCUAUGUGCUGAGGCAAACGCUGUGUAUACCAAAUAGGUUUGCUCCAGGGACGGCUUAGUAUUUGUACAGAAUAGUGAAGGAGGAGGGAAAAAGGAGGAAAGCUCUCUCAGUUUGGAGUAUUAGUAUUCCAGCUCCAUCAAAUGCAUCUCAGUUUUGACUGGCGCCACUUCCUGCUCUCCGAGACCUGGGAUUGCAAGCCGCUCUACCAAAGAACCUCCUUUCUGCGAGACUCCUCGCGACGGGAAAAUGCUCUGCAAGGAGCCUGGGGUCCGCCUGCCAGCGUCUAAGCCUGGAGACCUUGCAUGGAGCAGAUUUUAAUGGGGGGGUGGG